UGAAUAAUUACUAUAUUAAAGAAAAUAUGUUAAAACAUCAAACUAUUGAUAUCACAUUAAAGGAUUUCAAAACAUAUACAAUUUUUACAAUCGAAUUUCAUCGUGUUGAAACUCCUUUUAUUAUUGGAAUUUGGAUAUUCUUUGCAAGUGUUGCUAAAAUUGGGUUUCAUAUGGCACCGAAUUUAAAUAAAAUUUUUCCUGAAUCAUGUCUGCUCAUUGUAGUGGGAGUUGUUGUCGGAUUAUUCUUAUUUCAAACAAAUAAUGUACAUAUGUCACCAUUAACACCGGAUACAUUCUUUCUAUAUAUGCUUCCUCCUAUAAUCUUAGAUGCUGGGUACUUUAUGCCUAAUCGAUUAUUUUUUGAUCAUCUCGGAACAAUUUUGUUAUUUGCAGUAAUUGGGACUAUUUUUAACACAUUAUCAAUCGGUUUAUCUUUAUGGCUAAUGGGAAGAAGUGGAUUAUUUUCAUGUGAGACACCUGUACUUGACAUGCUUUUAUUUGCGGCUUUAAUAAGUGCAGUUGAUCCGGUUGCAGUAUUAGCAGUAUUUGAAGAAAUUCAUGUUAAUGAAAUUUUGUAUAUUGUUGUAUUCGGAGAGAGCCUUUUAAAUGAUGCCGUGACAGUUUUCAAUGGAUGUAUGUUAUGAUGAAGGCCCUGUCUAUACCAAACUUUUAUUACGUGCCAAUGCUAUGGAUCGUGAAUGAAGUAUAUAUUUAUGCGUGUGUUGAUUGGGCAAUUGUGUGUUUGAGUGUGUUGAUUGGCAAGUUUGACGGGCAAACUUACGCGCUCUCGAACUAAAACUUCGAAACCAUACAGGCCCUCCAACAGUCGAUACAAGUGACGCAAUACGUCAAUUGCAUUGUCAAGGCCAGACAACAAUAUAUCGAAUAAUCGACUAUAAAUACAUUUUCAUCAAGUCCUUCAAAGUUCGAAGGCUUGUCAUUUAUGACUCUUGCGUCUGACUAGUCCUUUCUACUGUUCCCAUUAUAACUAAAGAUAUAAUUGAUUACGUACCAAUUUCCAUCAAAACUUCUUACACUCUAUCAAGUAUAGUUAUUUCAUCUGUCCACCAUACUUGAUUCAAACACCAUCUCAUGCUACCUCGUGAGCAUUAUUGACUACACAGGCUAAUGUUUACAUCAGCAUAAUCACAAUUUUCAAGAUACACAGUAAUAUCCAUAGAAUCCACAAUAAUCAAGAACACAAGAAAACAUCCUCAUUACUACAAUAGAAUAAUAUUCUCUCUCAACAAC